AUGCAGAUAUACAAACCAUAUCGGGCUAACGCGCAUGAUAUGUGCCGUUUUCAUAGUGAAGAUUAUAUAGAGUUUCUCCAAAAUGUUACACCACAAAAUAUUCAAAGUUAUUCAAAAGAUUUGUUGCAUUAUAAUGUUGGGGAUGACUGUCCCGUCUUUGAGGGCCUUUUUGAUUUUUGUUCUAUGUAUACUGGAGCCUCAUUAGAAGGUGCAAUGAAGCUCAAUAAUAAUAUUUGUGAUAUAGCUAUAAAUUGGUCUGGUGGAUUACAUCAUGCAAAGAAAUUUGAACCUUCAGGAUUUUGUUAUGUUAAUGAUAUAGUUAUAGCAAUAUUAGAAUUGCUUAAAUGUCAUGCUCGCGUAUUAUAUAUCGAUAUUGAUGUUCAUCAUGGGGACGGUGUACAAGAGGCAUUCUAUUUAACUGACAGAGUUAUGACUGUAAGCUUUCAUAAGUAUGGAAAUUAUUUCUUCCCUGGUACUGGAGACAUGUAUGAAAUUGGUGCAGAAAGCGGUAGAUAUUUCUCUGUUAAUGUACCAUUGAAAGAGGGUAUAGAUGACUUAAGUUAUGUACAGGUAUUUAAACCGGUAAUAUCUAAUGUCAUGGAGUUCUACAGACCCACAGCAAUAGUACUACAAUGCGGCGCCGACUCUCUUGCGGGUGAUCGACUCGGCUGUUUCUCUCUAUCUACACGAGGACAUGGAGAAUGUGUGAAGUUUGUUAAGAAUCUUAAUGUACCCACAUUAGUUGUAGGAGGUGGAGGCUAUACAUUGAGAAAUGUUGCCAGAUGUUGGACAUAUGAAACAUCAUUACUAGUUGAUGAGAAUAUUUCAAAUGAACUUCCAUAUACUGAGUACCUGGAAUUCUUUGCACCAGAUUUCCAAUUGCAUCCUGAGAUCAGCAGGCCUGAAAGCACAACAAAUGCAAACAGCAAGCAGUACUUAGAAGCUAUUACAAAGCAUGUGUAUGACAAUCUAAAGAUGUGCCAGCACUCGCCUGCAGUGCAGAUGUCACACAUACCUGGUGACUUCUUUCCAGAUGAGUAUAAAAUAAAAGAUGAACCAGAUCCAGAUAUCCGAGUGAGUCAAGAAGAAGCGGAUAAGAUGGUUGAGCCCAAGAACGAAUUCUAUGAGGAUGAGAAAGAUAAUGAGAAGGAAACAGUAACCGAAACGAAGGAACCA